CUCGCCAUGACGAAGAUCGCCGACCUACCCUUUGAGCUGCUUCUAGACAACCUCUUGCCUAUCCUCCCUCUCCGUGACCUUCUUCAUCUCACGUCCACCAACAAGCUCUUUGCUUCACUCUGUAACGACGAGUUGCUUUGGAAAAGAAAACUACAGGAGGACUUUAACUUCUCAGAUGAACGUACUGCACGAGACCAUGGAUGGAAAUUCAUUUACAGAGGGAUGAGCUAUCCCAAAACUUUCGUCUGGGGACAGUCUGCAAAUGGUAGGCUUGGCCAGAAGAUUGGUGACAUCGCAAGGGUGGGCGAUGCUCCGAUGCCCUGCCAGUUACGGAUGGCUCCAGGGGUCAGUAUUGUCAACCUUGCUGCCGCUGGCAUGUCGUUCUUUGCCUUGGACUCGCGAGGAUCAGUGCAUGUAUGGGGCACACUCGAUGGGACAUCAUCAGCCCUGCAGAGAGACGGUUUCUCCGAGCCGCGAAAGACCUCUCCCACCCCCUUAAAGCUAGAUAUGCCGGCGCCCACACGGAUUAUCAGUACUGGAAGAUUACAUGCAACUACUUUGGACGGGAAUGGUGACGUAUGGGCGUUUCUCUCUUGGGGGAGACCAUUCAAGCUUGUUGCCUCUUCGCUGGAUCACCCCUUCAACUUAUCCACCCCGCUGCGUGUUGAAUCUGGAUGGACAUUCUCAUCAGUCCUGACGGCCUCUGGGGACGUGUUUGUGUGGUGGCCAUUCUCAGAAGAGAUUGAGGCAACAGUGACCCAGCAAGAAUUGAUAUUAGCCGAAUCUGACGAUAAGGUACAUGCCACGGCCGACCAGACCAUUCCGUGCACAACAUGGACUCUGCAGAAAGACCCAUUCCAACUCCCUCCACUGCCGAGCGAUCUUCCACGCCGAGAAACCUCACCUAUAAGUUUGAUCAAGAUUGCUGCUUUGGAGCAAAGUCUUAUCGGUUUAACUAACCACGGCCAUGUUCUCAAAUUCGAGCUGACAAGUGAGGAAAACGUUCAGUCUGAAACAUGGAAAUACCUGCCGUUCUUCUGUGAAACUGAGCGGAUUAAACAGAAGUUUGGGGAACAGAGUCUCGAACAUCCACAAGAAGUCCGGAUAACUCAUAUUACUGCGCAAUUCCAAACCUUCGUCGCAUACUCGACAGGUUCUAGCUCGGUCGUUCUCAUGGGCUACAGUUCCACAGCUCCUGACGAGGCACCAAUGAUACUUCCAGCUCUACAGAACAACAACAUCAUAUCUGUGGUUCUCGGGGACUACCACUAUGGAGCUCUAACUUCCACAGGCAAGCUGCUGACCUGGGGUGGAUUUUCUCGCGGUGCUUUGGGCCUCGGCGAUCCGACGAAGAUUGAGGUUGGCCAGCCCGGAGGAUACAGAACAGAAAGGGACAGGCUCACCGCUCAGACUAACGGAGGCCCGUACCCUCCUGCAGCCACUGAGCCAACCGAGGUCAGAUUCGACCACGGGUACAAGCGGAAAAGAGAUAUGUUCUGCUUCGCGGUCACGGCGGCGGGAUGGCACAUGGGCGCGCUCGUUAUAGACAUGGAGCAUCGUAGGGAAGCUGAGGACGAUAGUGACGAAGGUGUCAGUAUGCCUGGGGGAUUCCCAUCUGACCGUGGACAAUCAGACAUUCCGACAAACUAUCCCGCCGAACCUGGAACGUGGGGACAUGGUUUCAACCCCGUUGGCGGGACUCCGUUCCGCGUCGGUUUUGCGGGGAGAGGACUUCGAGGUGGUCAUCGGGGACUCACCAUUCGAGGCAUGCAAAGCAGAGGUCGAGGAGGGCCAUUGCCGUAGAAGUCGCCUAAAGGUGUAUCAGACACAAUGUAUCUGUGGCACUCGGAAGCCGUGCAUACCCUCACAGCAGGGCAGCUUUGAGACUUUCUUAUAAGCCACCCACGGUUCAGCAAUAGAAGAGCU